AUGCUGGAAAUCGCGUGUGAACAUGAGCAGGAGAAGACUGGAGAUUGGCGACCGAAUCGAAGUGAGACUGAGUGGCCCCCACCUGCCAAGUCAUUGAGGCUUGAAAUGACCUGCUGGCGCAUUGAGCCCGAGGUCGGCUAUUGUUCUGAUCGAGUCAAGUCUCAAGGGCUGUCAGGUAUCGUUUUGGACAUGCCAAAGAAGAAUAGCGAGGGUGAGAAUGAACCAUGUUGUAAGCUUCUGCUCAACAUCAAGCCCCAGCUGAAGGUUCACCAGCUGAAGGCCCAAAGUGCCGAUUCAGACGCGACUGUGGCGUGGCACCAGCUCUAA